AAGUACUUUUCCAAGUCGUUCUUUCUUGUCUCUUACGUUAGAAAAUGGGUCUUAGAAUUCAACUUUUCUUGUUUUGAUAGUGGGAAUUCAACUUUUCUAGGAGAAAAAAAAAACAUUCUUCAAUCAUAGUAAAAAAUGGUGGCGUUUAAGACUUUUUUCCAAUCUUGAGGUCUCCAAAUUGCAGAUAGAUAUGCUAUAAAAAUUGAUACUGAAAUAUUGUUUGGAACCUAAAAUUGUUAAUGAUGAAGAGAACAGCGUUGUUUCUUUCCGUGCUCCUGUUUGUUAUACAUUGUUCUUUAUAUAAUGUUGCGUGUGAUUCUACUGCAGAAGCACAUGCACUCCUCAAAUGGAAAGCCAGCCUUCAAUCCCAGCAAAACCGUUCUGAUCUUUUGCUGUCAUGGACUGUCUCUCCUGUAAAUGCAACAGCAAGUCCAUGCGGUUGGUUUGGAAUCCAUUGCAACGGGAACAGCAUUAUAAGAAUCAACCUUACGAGCUAUGGAGUAAAAGGUACACUUCUUACAUUUCCAUUCUCAUCUUUGCCCAAUCUUGAAGAAAUAGACCUUAGCAUCAAUGGCCUUGUUGGCACAAUCCCACCUCAAAUCAACCUACUCUCGAAACUCACCUACCUUGAUUUGUCAUUCAAUGAGUUUUCUGGAAAAAUCCCACAUGAAAUUGGUCAGCUCAGGCAUCUCAAGACCCUUCACCUUGUUCAGAACCAGUUGAAUGGUUCCAUUCCUGAAGAAAUAGGCCAGCUAAUGUCUCUCUAUGAGCUUGCCUUGCAAAACAACAAUCUAAAUGGUUCCAUUCCUGCUUCUUUGGGUAACCUGGCCAAACUGACCUACUUAUAUGUCUAUAAUAAUUCCCUUUCUGGUCACAUUCCUUUAGGAAUGGGCAAUCUUAGCAGUUUGGAGGAACUUUACAUGGACACGAACCAUCUUGAAGGUCCCAUCCCCUCAACUUUUGGAAACUUAAAAAACUUAAGAUUGCUAUAUUUGUGCAACAACAAUCUUUGGGGAUCAAUCCCUUCUGAAUUGGGGCAUAUGGAAUCGCUCACCGUGUUAGUACUUUUUAGAAAUGGUCUAUCCGGUGUGAUCCCAGCCUCAUUGGGAAACUUGACAGGUAUGACAAUUCUCCAACUUUAUGAAAAUAAACUUUCUGGCUCCAUUCCUGAGGAGUUAGGAAACUUGAAAUCUGUUGUCUUUCUAGAGUUGAGUCAAAACCAACUAAGCGGUUUUAUUCCAGCUUCAUUUGGUAACUUGAGUAACUUGGAAACUUUGUUCCUCCGAGACAACCAACUUUCAGGUCCCAUACCUCAAGAAAUAGGAAAUUUCAUGAAUUUGUGGAUGUUGGAACUUGAUCAAAACCAAUUCAUUGGGAAUUUGCCUCAAAACGUUUGUAGAGGAGGAUCACUGGAAUACUUCAUAGCAAAUGACAACCAUUUCAUAGGUCCAAUCCCUAAAUACUUGAAAAAUUGCAGCAGCUUAAAAAGAGUACGCCUGGAAAGGAAUCGACUGACUGGAAAUAUAUCAGAAGAUUUUGGCGUCUAUCCUAGCUUGAAUUUUAUAAACCUAAGUGACAAUGAAUUUUAUGGUGAAAUUUCACCUAACUGGGCAUUGUGCAAAAAUUUAGGCAGCCUAUUGAUUGCUAGGAACAAUAUCACUGGCAGAAUACCACCUGAGAUUGGAAACUCAACUCAGGUACAUGUUCUAGAUCUUUCUUUAAAUCAUUUAGUCGGGGAGAUUCCAAAGGAAUUAACAAAACUGACUCUUUUAACUAGGCUUAUUUUGACUGGGAAUCAACUCUCUGGUGGAAUACCAAGGGAAGUAGGAUUGUUUUCCAAUCUUGAGUAUCUCGACUUAUCUGCAAACAGUUUGAGUCAGUCCAUCCCCGAGAGCAUAGGGGAUUUGUUGAAAUUGCACUACUUGAAUUUGAGUAGUAACAACUUCAGCCAGAGAAUUCCAGAUCAGAUGGGCAAGUUAUCUCAAUUGAAUGAAUUAGACCUGAGUCACAACAUGCUUUCAGGGGAGAUACCAAGACAAUUUGAAUCUCUGCAGAGCUUGUCAACGUUGAAUCUCUCUUAUAAUAACCUCUCUGGUAACAUUACCAUUUUCGAUAAACUACGAGGCUUGACAUAUAUUGACAUAGCACAUAAUGGGUUGCAGGGUCCGAUUCCUAAUACCCCGGCAUUUCAAAAUGCUUCAAUACAAGCAUUAGAAGGAAACAAGGGUUUGUGUGGCAAUGUUAGUGGGUUAAAACCUUGCAAGCUUUCUAAGAAAAGCCACACGUUACUCUACACAAUCAUGUUUCCUCUGUUAGGAGUGACUGGCCUUUCACUUGCUGCAAUGGCUUUGUUCUUCGGCUUCAAAAGGCGGGCAAAAGAUGCAAAUGAAGUAAUUCAAAGCAGUAUGAAUUAUGAAAACCUCUUUGCAAUAUCGUCCUUUGAUGGAAAAUUCCUGUAUUCUGAGAUCAUAAGUGCAACCAACAACUUUGAUGCUCAGUGUUGCAUUGGAAAGGGAGGCUACGGAAGUGUAUACAGGGUAGAGCUGUCAUCAGGUGAUAUUGUCGCUGUGAAGAAAGUCCAUCCACUGCGUGCUGAUGAAGUUAGGGCUGCAAAAGAAUUCCAAAACGAAGUAACGACGUUACUAGACAUAGGACACCGAAAUAUUGUGAAGUUCUAUGGGUUUUGUUGGUCUACAGAACAAUCAUUCUUGGUUUACAAAUUCCUUGAAAGGGGUAGCUUGGCUACAAAUCUAAGCAACGAUGAAGCAGCAAAACAAUUGGACUGGGAAAAAAGGGUAAAUAUUAUAAAAGGUGUUGCUCAUGCCCUGUCUUACUUGCACCAUGUUUGCUCACCACCGAUUGUUCAUCGGAACAUAUCAAGCAACAAUGUUUUGCUUGAUUUGGAAUUUGAAGCUCACAUUUCAGAUUUUGGCACGGCUAAGCUUCUCAAUCCAAACUCAUCUAAUUGGACCAAUCUUGCUGGAACAUAUGGAUACGUCGCACCAGAGCUUGCCUACACAAUGAAGGUUACGGAAAAAUGUGAUAUUUAUAGUUUUGGAGUGUUGGCUCUGGAAGUUAUCUUUGGGGCACAUCCCGGUGAUUUAAUCUCUGUGCUACCAUCUUCAUCUCUCGAAAUGCGGCUUCUGGUGAACGAUGUCUUGGAUCAAAGGCUUUUACCUCCAGCAACAGAAGUUCAAGACAAAGUAAUAGCUGUGAUGAAGAUAGCUUUUAUGUGCUUGGCUGUCAAUCCACAUUCUAGACCGACCAUGUACACUGUUUCUCAGCUGUUAUCCAACUGAAUCUUCUCCUUCCAAGGAUCAUUACAUUGAUCCAAAGAAAGCAGGGAUCCUGCUGCAAAUCACAAGGAUUAUAGAUUACAAUAAAUAAGACAGUAACUCCUACUCAGUUUCUCUUACUAUCUUAGUUUUCUUAAUAAUUUAUUUCUGUACUCUCACCUGAAGAUUAGCAUUUAUGUUCUCUGAAUUUCCUUUUAUUGAUAUAGUUGUGUGUAUGUUUUGGGCAUUGCAAUAAGAAUGGUUGCAGAUCUUUCUGAUUGUUAUUAAUUCUUGUAUUGUAAAAUGCAGGGCAUUUUUACAAAUACCUAAAAUCCUUCGAGAUCUUUGAUGGUAAUAUUAUAUAAUUCCAAUAUCGAAAUCUGUUACACAAACUUAUUGAGUUGUGCAGAUUAAAAACUUAAACUAAUGAUUUGUUUCUUGUACCAA